UAGAAGAUUAUGAAUUUUGGAGGGCCUAAUCCUCUUAAACAGCUGCUCUCAACUGCAAAAGCUGCAUUAGAAAACGAUGAUGGAAAAGAAUUUGCUGAUUUGAUGUCUUUAAAUCAUCCAUUUUCGUUGAGAAAUUGGAACCUUAACAAUAUAAAUCUGGAUCCACCAUUCGAUCAGAUGAUGUUAGAACAUUUCCAAUGUUCCGAUGCAGUAAUUGCAAAUGAUUUUGCCACAGCAUUUAAUCAUCAGUGCAAUGUUAUUCAGAUUUUUGCCAGAAUGUUUAAAACUCAGAAGGAAGACAACUGGGGCCUGCCAAUGAUGAACAUCAUGAUAAAGGAUAUGUUUUCUUUGGCUGUAAAAGCUGAUAUUGUUGCUGUCGCAAAUGGUGAAAUGGUAGGAUCAAAAAUUGAUGCAUGUGCUGAUAUGCUCAUGACAGUUUUCAGAGUUUGUGCUAGUGAUUCUAGAACAAGUAUUGAGUAUACAAAGCGAUGGGGACUGAUGCCUAUCAUCAAUCUGUUAUUCAAAUGCUACUUCAAAACAAAUAAGCUUCACUUGUGUAAACCAUUGAUUAUUGCAAUUGAGACCAACGCUGCAAACAAAGACAUCAAAGACCUGUUUUCUAUCGCUGACAGGGUAACAUACAAUUACUUUGUUGGUAUGAAGCAUAUGUUCGAGAAUGAAUUCAAGGGUGCUGACAAAUGUCUUUCAUUUUCCUUUGAGAACUGUUUGAAAAGUUGCACCAGUAAUAAGAGAAAGAUUCUUAUAUGCCUAAUCCCGGUAAAGAUGACUCUUGGCUUCAUGCCUAAGGUAUCAAUAUUGAAGAAAUACAACCUGUGUGAGUUUGAAGACGUUGUUGAAGCUGUUAAAACAGGUAAUAUCAAACUUCUUAAUGAAGCUAUCGAAAAGAAUGCUGCUUUCUUUACAAGAGCUGGAAUAUACCUCAUUCUAGAAAAACUCAAAGUCAUAACUCUCAGGAAUCUCUUUAAAAAGAUUUACCUCAUCACUGGUUCUUUUCAAAUUGAUGUGGCAAGAUUCAAAACAGCAUUGAAUUGGCUUGGACUUGAAGAUGUUGAUUCAGAUGAAACUGAGUGCAUCCUUGCUAAUAUGAUCAAUGAUGGUUACAUUAAGGGUUACAUAUCAGAGCAGCACAAGAAAAUUGUAGUGAGCAAAGUUAAUGCAUUUCCUAAGCUUAAUACAUUUUUAUAGGCAGUGACAAAGCUAUUUUAUGAAGUUGUGCAUUUUACAUUUUGUCAUCAUUUUAUUAUAGAAAUAAGAACUUUGCUGAGCUUUAUUCCUGCAUAAGUGAUUAAGUCUUGAUUAAUUAAUGAUAUUUCAAUGAUAUUUAUCAGCACUUAAUGCAUCAUUUAAUAAGAAAAUGUUCCUGGUAUUUGAAAUUAUCAAGUUUUGUCACAAGAUUUUAAUAUUUUAAGCAUUUUAUCUCAGAUUACCGCAAGUCUCUUUGGCUGAACUAUGAUAAACUUAUAGAUGUGUCAUUUAUACAUGUGGCACAUGCCAUUUAUAUGUAAUUUACUGUAAAUUAUCCUCAAGAUAAUAUGAUAAUUUGUUUUCGAAAAACGUCAAAACUUUUCCUAAAAAUGUUGGUAACUCUCCAAUGAUUUUUCUAGUAGAUCUAAACAUUAUUUCAAUUAUUUUCAGGAUGUAGAUUUCAACAGACAUUUCAUAGCAGAAAUAAUAUGUCUAAAGACCUAAAGAUCUUACAGCUUCAAGAUGAUCUUGAGCAGGCUGGAAAAGAGAUAAAACAUCUUCAAAAGAUAACUGAAAACUUGAUGAAUGAUCAGAAUGCACAAAAUGCUACCAUGAGUCGGAUGUCGCUUGAAAAUAGUUCUCUCAGAUUAGAACGAGAUGAGUUAAGGAAUGUGAUCCAGUUAGCUGAUGAUGGCAUUGCUGAUAUUAACACUCAUUGGAAGCAGAAGUUUUUUAUGUGGAGAGAAACUGAAUCCCAUCUUAUGAAGGAACUUUCUCAGAGUAAAGAAAAGAUUCAUGAGCUUUCCUCUGAGUUCGAGACUAAGACUGAGAAGCAAUUGAAAGAAUAUGAGAAGUUCAAGUUAGUUGUUGAAAAUACAAAGGAAGAAAAUGAGAAGUUACUCCAAUCUUUAGCUAUAGCAGAUGAUGAAAUGAAAGCUGUGAAUAGAAAGCUUACAGACGAAUCUCGGAAAAAUAUUAAAAACAUGUUCUUGUCUCGGGAGAAUGAGGUUUUGAGUGAGAAGGUCAGUGUUCUUGAAGAAAAAGUUAAUUCAUUUUAUGAGGAAUCAAUUCAGCACAGUCGUGAAUUGAACCAGCUUGGAGUCAGACAGGAAGCUGAAAGAGACUUCAAUGUUGUAAACCAGCAAGGUGAAGUGUUGCAGCUCAAUGUUCAUGUUACCUCUUUGAAGAAAGAUCUUGAUUCUAGGGAAAAUGAAAUAAAGCACUGUCAAGAUGAAAUAAGCAGGCUUUCUUGCUUAUGUGAAUCACAAGCUUCAAAAAUAAAGCAGAUACGGAAACAGUACGAAUCAUCCAAUACUUCAAAUGCUGAAUCUUCUUUGAUUAUCAAGAAAGAAAGAGAAAACCUUAAGAAAGCUAGCAAAGUUAUUGAUGACUUGGAUCAAAAACUGAACGCAUUUCAAAAGAUUAACGAUGAAUUAAAAGCUGAAAACGAUCUUAAGUUUGAACUGGUAAGAGAAAAAGAUGCUCAAAUUCAGCAUUACAAAACAUGUUAUAUAGAAAUAGAAUCAAAGUUCAAUGAUCUCAUAACUGAGGUGGAUAAUUACAAACACACACUCAAUCUUGCUGAAAAUGAGAAAAUUGUUGUAAAUAGAGACCUGAGUUCUUGGAUUUCGAAGCAUGAUUCUAUCAAGGAUUGCCUGACCAAAGUAUCAGCAGAGAAUAUGAAUCUUGUCGAGGAGCUAGAAAAAUGUAAUUCUAGCCUAGCUGUGCUCAGCAGUCAAUGUAAAGAUGUUGAGAUGGAAUACAGCUGCACUAAUCAAGAGUUGGAGGAUUGCCAUCAAAAAUUGGCUGCUUUUGAAAUAGAAUUAGCUGAUAAAAACCUUCAGAUUGAGGAAUUGACGAAAGAAAAUUCGUUUAUAAAUAGAAAAGUUAUGGAUAUGAUUGAGGAGAAAACGAUGGAUUCAAAAGUAAUGAAUAACAAAGAGAUUGAAUAUCAGGAACUUGCCAAAGCCAUGGAAUCAUUAAAGAGAAGAGGUUCCUCAGAGAUAGCUGCCCUCAAGGAUGAACUGUUAUCUAAAGAAGCUUUGCAUCAUGAGUACAAAAGAGAGAUGGAGGAGAAGGUGGACAAUCUGAUCAAUAUGGCUGAAUUCUCUGAUAAGUCGACAUCAAAUGUCUCCUUAUGUUCGUCAAUAUUGGUUAAUUGUGGGACCAUGACUGAACCUGAAGUGAAUUCUACAUCUAAUUCACAUAACCUAAGAAAGCAAAUUUCUGUUCUGAAAAAAGCUGUUGCCAAUAAAGAAAGAAAACUGUGUCAUGCUGAGACGAAGCUUGCCAAGCAGGCCUCUACUAUUGUUCAAAAACAGUGCCAAAUUGAUCAGCUCAGUACGAAAUUUGCCUCAAGAUUCAACCAAAGUGAACAGGCAAGAGAAAGUGAUCACAAUAUAGCAAUAACUGUGAAAAACUUGAACGAAAAAGUAAACUCAUUAAACAAAGUAAUA